GUUUUAGGGCCAAGUACGUGCCGGGGCAAACCGCCCUUCCUUGCCCAGCCCAGGCCCCUGUCUACACUGGCAACCCUGACAAUGCACGUCCUCAUUCUCAAGCUUGGAAGAGGCUUCUCUACGCCGGAUUCAAGGCUCAUUUCGGUGAUUUCUGCCCCCCCAACCCUUAAAAAACUUCGUGGGUUGUCUACCUGACUGGAAGGCGACAUUGGUUUCACGAAUUUGCGCGAAAUUGCGAGAAUUUGUGCGAAAUUUCAGCAACAAUGGUGAGAGCAGUGGCGGUCACGUCGAGUUCGGCGAGUUUGGGGUUAGGCGUUACGAAGUCCAGAUUCGUCGUGUGCGAUGGGCUUUCUUCGCAGUCGUUUGUGAUGGUAGGGACGCAUAGGAAGGGCACACGGAUGGUGCAGCCGCUGACGAAAGUGAACGCCGGGAGGAGGGGCGCGGGAUUGGUGAGAGCCGAUGCGUUACCAUCGUCGCAAGAAGUAGCUAAGAAUGUACCAGGAGCGCAGGCGGUGUCCUUGGAGGAGGUCGCCCCCGAUUCUUCGAAACCGAUUUCGGAGAGUAACGGACCCAGUUCAUCUAUGAAGAGUAGAAAUGAGAAUAUCAGGGACGAGGCUCGUCGACAGGGGGCUGGCUGCUCUCCGACCACAUUUUCUGCCAAGUACGUGCCAUUUUGUCCUGGGCAGGAGACUGACGAGGAAUAUUCAUUAGAUGAGGUGAUUUACAGGAGUAAGACCGGGGCGUUGUUGGAUGUUCAGCAUGAUAUUGAGGCUUUGAGGAGGGCUGGAGAUGGGAAUUAUUGGAAGAAAUUGUUCGAUUCGAGAGUGGGGAAGACGACGUGGCCGUAUGGCUCCGGAGUGUGGAGCAAAAAGGAGUGGGUGUUGCCGGAGAUUGAUGAUGAUGACAUCGUCAGUGUGUUUGAAGGAAAUUCCAACUUGUUCUGGGCUGAGCGUUUCGGUAAAGAGGCACUGAACAUGAGUGAUUUGUGGGUGAAGCACUGCGGUAUCAGCCAUACAGGUUCAUUUAAGGACCUUGGGAUGACUGUGUUGGUCUCUCAGGUAAAUAGGUUGAGAAAGUUGGGUAAGCCUCUUCUGGGCGUGGGAUGCGCCUCAACAGGGGAUACAUCUGCAGCUCUUUCAGCAUACUGUGCAGCUGCAGGAAUUCCUGCCAUUGUCUUCCUACCUGCGAACAAGAUUUCCAUAGCUCAACUGGUGCAGCCAAUUGCUAAUGGGGCCUUGGUUCUGAGCAUGGACACAGAUUUUGAUGGUUGCAUGCGGCUCAUCAGAGAGGUGACUUCAGAGCUACCCAUCUACCUCGCAAACUCUCUCAACAGUCUUCGACUUGAGGGCCAGAAAACUGCCGCCAUCGAAAUAUUGCAGCAAUUUGAUUGGGAGGUACCAGACUGGGUGAUUGUACCUGGAGGUAACCUUGGAAACAUUUAUGCAUUCUACAAGGGUUUUUACAUGUGCAAGGAGUUGGGCUUGGUGGACAGAAUGCCUAAACUAGUUUGUGCUCAGGCGGCAAACGCGAACCCUCUGUAUAGGGCAUACAAAGACGGUUGGGAAACCUUCAAGCCAGUCAAAGCACUUCCAACUUUCGCAUCAGCUAUUCAGAUUGGAGAUCCUGUAUCCAUUGACAGAGCAAUCCACGCCUUGUCUCAGGUCGAUGGUAUUGUAGAAGAAGCAACGGAACAAGAAAUUAUGGACGUCUGUGCACAAGCAGAUAAAUCUGGAAUGUUUACUUGUCCACAUACAGGAGUUGCAUUGGUCGCUUUGCAAAAACUGAGGGGACGUGGUGUCAUCGGCGCAAAUGAUAGAACAGUCGUUGUCAGCACCGCUCAUGGGCUUAAGUUUACCCAAUCUAAAGUAGAUUACCAUUCAAGUGAACUGCCAGAGAUCACAAGCAAGUUUGCCAAUCCUCCUGUCACUGUGCCUGAUGACUUCGGCUCUAUAAUGGACGUCCUUCGCCAAAAGCUCGCCCUGAGAUGAGGCAAGUCCGCCACUAGAUAUCCGAGUGGCUUUGUAUAGGGUAUGGGUUUUUUAAGCUUUGAACUCUACAGCACAGUUUUCGGAAGCGAUAUAUACUUUUUAUACUGCCUUAAACCAAAUUUGGACCCAGAAUAAGCGGUCCGAAUGUUUUUUCAAGGCUUGAUUAUUUUUUUUAUAAUAACUUCUGCUCAUCGAACGUGGAGUUCGGCUUUCUACACGUUUCUGACAGGGCAGACAGUGAGCAGUGAUUGCAGCGUCCAUUUAUACCCAGAUCCGAAGGAAUAAUUCCUUUUGUCCUCUCUGGGUAUUUAUCAUUGCUGACAGACUUCACGACAACGAGUAGAGAGAGGGAAUCGGAAUUACGAUCUAACGGAAGUAAUUCACUUGUCAACGAAAAGGCGAGAAUCUCAUUUGUAUCCGGAUCGAGAACGCAGGCGCGGUAGGAGCUCUUUCAAACCCGCCAGUGGAAUUGGCCGCAUUAGCGGUGACACCAGCCAAUCUGUGCAGUGGUCAACUCCAGUAAAGUAGCUUGUCAAUUCAACAAUCUAUAAGUGGCUCUUUCAAAAAUGUCAAGCUCGUGGCUACUCCGUCCGUACGGUGCAGUCAGGUGGCCUUGUCAGAAAGACUAUUUCAGAAGCCAAUGGAUUGCGUGUGGAUUUUGUUCCACAAUCCAAUCAAAUAAAGGUGAGCUACAGGAGUUUCAAGUGGAUGUGGCUAACCACACGCUUUGCCAUGAGCUGGGAAUUGCUUUCCUGUCAAUUCAUCCCCCAAGCCAGAGCAUGCUGAGAAUGUGUGUUUUUACCUGCUUUUAUCCAUUUGUCAAGUUUACCGCCCCCAUGUAGUUUGUGCACUUCACUUAUUAGAAUAUUAUAUAGCCUUCCCAAUGAUGCUCCAGACCUGAAUUUGUCAUGGAGAUAGAAUGGAAGGCAGACCCGCAUGAAGAGAAUUGGGACUUGGGCCAAUGAUAUUCUUGUGAGAUUUAAUACACGAGCCCAUCUUGGCUGAGGUGUUCAUAAA